GGGCCCGGGCGCCGCGGGUUCGAGGCCCGGCCCCGCGAGGGGAGGCCGCGCCACCCCCGGGGAGCUGCCGGGCGGCGAGUUUGCCCCGCAACCGAAAGAAGGCGGGAGCCGGCGGGGGGGCCUUCGAAACCCCUUGGCAGCCCGGGCCCGGAAUCCCUAGGGAGCCACCGCGUCCUGGGACGCCCCCCGGGACACCCCUGCUGCAGGGUAGCGAUUCUGGGCCCCCGGCCGAAGGCGCCUCCGGGUGACCCCCGGCGGGGCCCUGCAAGCCGCGGGAGCUGACCCUGGGGCCUCAAGCCGGGAGGCAGGGGCUCUCCGGAGACGCGGGCCUGGGGCUGAAGGAGCCGGGCCUCUCGGACGCGGGGCAGGGCAGCGCCUGUCUGGAGACGGACUCCGGGACUCUUGGGUGCGGGGGUCUCGGCGACCUGCCCCGCGGGGAGCGCAGCCGCGGAGUGGCCUACAGGGCGCCCUCCCCUAGAGGGGCCGGCCCGGGGCGGGGAGAUGAACGGCUUCAGCACGGAGGAGGACAGCCGCGAAGGGCCCCCCGCCGCCCCCGCCGCCGCCCCGGGCUACGGCCAGAGCUGCUGCCUCAUCGAGGACGGCGAGCGCUGCGUCCGGCCCGCGGGCAACGCCUCCUUCAGCAAGAGGGUCCAGAAGAGCAUCUCGCAGAAGAAACUCAAGCUGGACAUCGACAAGAGCGUAAGGCACCUAUACAUCUGUGAUUUCCAUAAAAAUUUCAUCCAAAGUGUUCGAAACAAAAGGAAGAGGAAGACAAGUGACGAUGGUGGAGAUUCUCCUGAGCACGACACUGACAUUCCUGAGGUCGAUCUGUUCCAGCUGCAGGUGAAUACUCUACGACGUUAUAAACGACACUACAAGUUGCAGACGAGACCAGGCUUCAAUAAGGCCCAGUUAGCAGAAACUGUCAGCCGGCACUUCAGGAACAUACCUGUGAAUGAAAAAGAGACCCUCGCCUACUUCAUCUACAUGGUGAAGAGUAACAAAAGCAGACUGGACCAGAAAUCAGAAGGCGGCAAGCUUGAGUGAGGAGGAAGCACACCUUAAAGAAAUGAAGUAUAAUGCUCAAUGCACAGGUGAUAUCUGUGACCAUUAAGCCCAUAAAGACUGUUAAAUAUUAUUGUAAAUAAAAAAGUUUGAAUGAUGAAUACUGUAAAUCUUUUUGGUCAGGAGGAUUAUAUUCUCAUGAUUCAGCAUGUGUAUAGAAAGACUUUGUUUUCAGAUAACUACUGGACUGAAAAAAACAGGUUCAUAAAAAUAAUUUAAAACCAUGUAUUGCAGCAUUCAACAAAGCAUUAAGUCGAUCCUACUGGAAAUAUGGAAUAAGAAAUAUUUUGGUAUUCACCUUGUAUGCCAGGCUGCCACAUGCAAGACAUGGCCCUGGAACAGCAGCAAAGGGCAAUUGAUGGUGGAGGUGUGGGAGCAGACCUGUUUGGACUUGCACACCGCCCACUGAGGACAUAGACGUCCUGCUCUGUUGCAAGCUCUGAUUAGCACAUCAGUUUGACACUGGUCCCUCUCACUUGCCCUGUGCCUUGUACACAGUGGGCACUCCAUCAGUAUUUGUUAGCUAAUUGAGCAGUCACAACAGCGCCAGUCCUGUAACAUCUGCUUCCAUCCUCUCAUUGAGACCUCUGCCAUUUCUGUUGCUCGCUGCUUAACUGCUAGGUGUGGAAGAAGUCCUGGUGCAUCAGCAGGGAGGUUUCAAAUCAGACGAGGGUUUCAGGACCGUUGCAUGUUUUAUUUGUCCAGGUUCCAGAAACAGAAUACAAAGACCCUCACGGGAGGGUCCUUUGCAUGCCUCUCUAUGCUUUACUCUUUGGGGCAAAGUCAUGUAUUGUGAUUUCAGCCAUGCUCCUCCUGGGUACUAAGUGCUUUUUAACAAACAGAAAUUUAGUGUUAAAAAUUUGGGGCUAAUGUUUUGAGAAGUAUUCAUCCUUAGUUCACAGCCACCAGAAAAUCUGCCAAGGACCAUGUGAUUCCUGUUGGGAGUCCAGCUGUGGGAAAGACUGUCUGGCUGCCUUGACUCCCUGGGCUCUGCUAGGCAGCAAAUCAUGAGUUUGAGCAAAAAAGGUCGAUUCCACUUGAUCCUCAGUUUUGCAAGAAAUAUGCCUCCCUUUUAGGGAGAAAGAUCACUAAAAUAAUUUUUCAAAAUAUUUCAAUUAACCUGAUUUUUUGUUGUUGUUCAAAAAUCAAAUUCUUCUAUCUAAUUAUAUCAGAGCCAAAGUAUCCUGUGAAAGCAAAGUUUUAUAAUUCAGAAGUAUACUUGUGCAAAAUUCUCUUAUAGCAUCUUGGUGGGACAGAGAAUGUAGAUCAGAAAAUGGGAGAAAAAGAUAAGAAAAUUGGAUUCUAAUUUCUAACCAUCUUGACAUACAUAUGUUAUAGUCAAAGGUAUGAUUUUUUCCUUCUUGGUUUCAAUUUAAGCCUUAAAUGAUAAGAGGAGCAAUGGACAGCCUGGCAGAGUUUUAGUGUCUUAUCUGAGCUUAAUCUAAGCACUAUCUCAGAGAAGUCAGAACUAAACCCACACUGAGCAGGUGGUGGAAUGUCUGGAGGUCUCAGUUCCGUGGAGCAGAGUACUGUGAUUUCUAUGGAAUGCAAACAAGGCCACCGCUGUCACUAAAAUGCAGUAUGUUCAUUGCCCCAUAGCUUUCGCCAGUGUUCAAAAUGCAUGUCCAGCAGAUUGCAGCUUUUCAAAAUAUGUGUGAAUGAAUGUACAUAGAAUAUACUCUGGGCAAUGAGGGGGCCUAUUUUGAUACGUCUCCUGGCUGUGGAGGGUAUAGCAAGGUGCUCUGAGUGUUUCAGUCAUUCUAAUUCAGUAUGUAUCUAGGGACUAUCCCUCCUUCAUAGCUGACGGAUGUUGGCAUAGCUAUCGAAAAGGCUCAGCAGGGGCUGGAGUUUGGGAGCAGAUGGGCCUGCAGGAAAAGGCAUCAUUAACCUGAUCCAUGGACAUGUCCAUGUCUUAAUGAGGAAGAAAGUGGAUCUUUCUGGUAUGUGAACCAAAAUUGUGGGCAUUAUAGGUCAUGUCACCGUUUCUUUAAUAGCAAAUCUGUUUUCCCAGCUGCGAGCAGUACAUUUCUGGAUAAGGUAUGGUGUUGGGGGCCGUGUGUUCAGCUGCAUCUGUUAAGAACGCUGUUGUUCCAAAGUGAAGCCUGGGAAGCUUUUCACCUUGAACCAGCCACUGCGCACACAUGGUCACAUGUUGUCUUUCCUCUGAAGUGGCUGCUGUGGGAAAGUAGAGAUUGUGGGUAUCUUUUCAACCUUUCAAAACAGGUGAGAGAAAAGCAAAGUUAUUUGAACUUGGGUUUUUCUCAUGUCCAGAAGUCUGUUCUUUCAUCACGCUACUAAACCACUUGCCUUAGCCUCUUCUGCAGUUUUUGAUGGCUUUAUCCAUGGGUAGAAGACUUCUGCCUGUGAGAAAUGGCCAGGCCCUCCAAAGCCACCAGGUCUGGCUCUAGGGAGUGGUGGGUUUGGGGAAAGCAGUGUUCAUCCUGGCUGCCUGCAUUUCUAUGCCACUGUCAAGGACACUUCCCUCCACCUGUGACGUUGCAGCAUUGCCUUCUCUCUUCUUGGUGCUCCUGGGCAAAACUGGAAUUUCAGAUCCAGAACUGGUAUUGUCUUCUUAAAGAGUACAGUUACUGCCUCAGUUCCAGCCUGGUAUGAUUGUUUCAUGUGCCCUGAAGGUUGUCACAUGCAAAUGUCAAUAUCCUACCAUUCAUGUUUCAUUUUAAGGUUUAAAAAAAAAAAAAAAAAAAACUUAGGUUAACAGUGGUAUGUGAAGAAGAUCAUAACUGAAUCUCACAAAAGAUUGAAAGCCAAAGGAUUCAGGACCACUGUUGUAAACAAGGAGGGAUUUCACUGUGUGUUACAGCUGCCGAGUGUUAGAUGUUCCAGUUGUAGUUAAAUAGUCACUGCUAGCCUCUUGGAGAACAGAUUUUAAUAAUGUUUGUGAUGGAAUGUUGCAUCUAACCUUGGCAUUUGAGCUGUUUAUUUUGUGGGAAAUACUUUGUUAAUAUCCACAGAGCAACUGCCUGGUGGAAGGCGGAGGAGGGGGAAGAAGCUUUCUCUGGGAGCCUUGCAUACUGAAGUAGGCUGUCCCACAGGUUGAUCCCAGAGAAGUUGCUUCAUGGAAAUCAUCUGAAGACUCAAUUGCCACAAUGACAAGAUCCAAAGGUUGGGAAAGGGUAUUUAAGUGAUCCAGUCCAGUCUCCCCGUAGGUGCUGACAUUCUGCCUCCAACUGUCCCACCAAGGGAGCAGUCUGGGCUUACACACCUCUGAGGACAGAGAACUCACUACCUCCUGGGGAAGCCUGUUCUACCUUUGUAAACCUCUGGCUUUUCUAUGUUCUCUGUAAUUCUCAUCUUAGUCUCUGCCCCAUGGGGGCCACAUGGAAAGUUUCUCAUUGGCAAGGACCUCAUUUCUGGCAUUGGCCCACAGCAUUGCCUUUGUCAUCUAAAAAGGAGCAGCAAGGACACAGCUGUUUUGGUGUCCUGCCUGUCCUUUCCCUGAGUUUAGUCCACUUAGCUCCUUGUUGGGGAACCUUGAGGAAGCUCCACCAGCCUGGUUAUGCUCACUUGUUCUUGCCAGAGUGGGUGAAGUGGGAGUGGGUGUUACCAGCCUGCUAAAAAAAUAACCUCAGAUGGCUGAGGCCUGAGUUCUGUGCUUGUCCCAUAAAAACUAAUGCUCACAACAUCAUUUAGAAAAACCUACAACUAGAAGAUUAUUAAAUAAUAUCAUUGCUUUGCACAGAGUUUAAAGGUUCCAUGGUAUCUGAGGGCUGUGGCUUCAGAUUCCUGUAAAGACUUCACAUUUAGUGAAAACAAAGCUUGUUGGGGGAGGAGGGCUAGUGUCUCAGUGUCAGAAGUGACAGAUCUUCAAGCUGCAAAGUCCAUCAAGGUUGCUGUUGUCCCAUCAUCCAUCUUUAGAGAAUAGGGAACUAAAGUUGCAAGAUGUGCCUGAGGUUACAUGGGACCUCACUUGGCAUUAUGGGAACUAGCCUUGGGUCCUCUUGACCUGUCCAGCACUCUUCCCCACUCAUUUGCAGUACAACUCUAGUGCAGUCUCAGCUAAGCUGCCUUCAGAUUCUUGAGAACUUGUAACAGAGCAGUCCCCAGCAACAUGACUCUCAGGGACUGACCUGACCUGUGGAACUUAAGGUUGAGUGAAAUGAUUAGGCAGUUUGAAUUUUGCAAAAUGCAUGUAAGGGAGAAGAGUUCUAGCCUGUAAUUUCAGGGUGUAAAGCCCUAGUGGGAGAUGUAGUGUUGUCCUAAAAUCCAGAUUCUCAUGAAGUGGACUUAUUCUGUGGUCUCUUGGUUGGACUUCUGCCUUUAAGGUUGUAUGGUUCCACUGGCCCUGGCUCCAGGUCUAUUCCCAGGAUCUAGACAGUUGAUCUGAAGGGCAAAGGAGCUCAAGAUCAUGCCCAGGAAGCGUGGUGCUUUAGGGGUGCCUUUUUAUUCCAAGUCUGUGGGUAGAAAGGGUUAUGUUGGUCUGGUGUUUGAGGCAGAAACCUCUAACUCAGUUUUCUCAUCUAGCUUUCACCUUCAGUUGCUCUCACUUAAUCAACACUUAAUCAACACAUUUGCCAACGACAGAGGGUUGUACAGAAUCCCUGUUUUUACCCCUCUAUUGUCUGCUAUGCCCAUCGGAGUGUAUUUUGGGGUAUGGGGUUUGCGGGGGGUGGGGGUUGUCCAUUUUGUAACUGCCUUAUUGAAAAGUAAGUGCCCUUCCAUUCCAGGCCUCCUCAUAUUGUACUCAUUUCCUGCCAAAUUUGGGGGAUCAUUUGUAUUUUAAUUUUGUAAUCUAUGGCUCUGUACUGUUGAAAGGCUCUCGAUUCUGUAGAGUCUCCUUGGUAUGUAUGUGACUUUUCAUGUUGCAAUAUCACACAGACUGGGAUGGCCCGACUUUCGCUCUUAAUAAAUGAUCUGAAUAAGUAAGAGA